CAUAAAUGGGUGUGAGUGUGGGGGUGUGGGUGAGGGUCUUAUCUCUACGUACUCACACCCACACCCACCCACACCCACUCACACCUACAAUAGAAAGGAAUAAAAAAGAAUUUCUAAAUAGGAUUUAAACAAUUUUUUGUUCUUUCUUAUUAUUUCUUUCGGUUGCCUUGGGCUUCAUUCGACAAGAACGAUGGAUGACGAUGCCUUAUUAGUCGAUAAUGGCUUCUGUUGUUGCCAACAGGGUGUGAGUGUGGGUAGAUAUUUGUGUAUAGGAUUAAACUUUGCUUACAAACAACCCUACCCACACCAGUGCAAAAUAACGUCUUUAGACUCACUUGUAGUAUUUACAAGAUCAAAACAUAUCCCUAUUGAACGUGUAGCAAAAACUAUAUUUUUAGUUAUAAGAAUAUCAGUUGAUGAAAAAGUUUUCACUUUAUACAGUCUUAUUUUAUAAAGAUAUAAUCUAACGCCAUUCAUUAAUAAAAAGAACAGAAAUGUCAAUGGUGUUUAUGAAUAUUCAAUCGAUGUUAGGCUUUUUCAGUCGACUAUUCAUUCAUUCGUUAUGAUUAUCAAAUAAUGUGGUGUUUAAAAUAAAUGAAUUGAAUAUAAAUUAAACAACGUGGAUAAACUAAAUAAAUCACUUGAAUUUUUAAAAUUACUUUCAACAACAUCAUCAAAAAUAUUAAUAAUCAAGUAAAUAAUUGGAUCUUUGUCUGUUUUUCAUUUUGUUUAUAUCUCUUAUAGAAUGUUUUUCUCAUCUAGAGGUAACAAGGAAAUUAUUUUAAAUUAAUUAAAGCUAGCGUGGAAACAUUAUUUACAACAUGUGACGAAAAUGAUUAUAAUGUACGAUUGACUGCCGAAGAAAGUCUUAAUAAAUUUGUUAAAAAUUUAAAAGAAGCAGAUUCAACAAGAAUUCAAGUUGAAUUAUAUCGAAUUAUAAAACAUAAUCCUAAUGUUGGACCAAAUGCUUUGAAAGAUCAAUUACUUGAACAUCAAAAUCAAAAUGCUAGUACACAUUUAAUAAAAAGAAUUAUUCAAUUACUUCGUUAUUCAAAUUUAUUUGAUUUUGAUCAAUUAUUAAUUUCAACACAAAUUGGAUCUAUAGAAGAAAUUCAUGUUAAUAUUACAUAUCUUUUAUCUUUAAGUGAAUACGGUGAUCUACAUUUACGUGGUGCAUGUGCAAAUUUACUUGUUACAUUAAUUCAAACAACAAAUCAUCUUUUAACACUAUCAUCAUUAUCAAAUUCAUUUAAUAAUUCUUUUAUUAAUUAA